AUGCGUUUCUGGCUACUCGGGGCAUUGGCCCCCCUGACCGCCGCCUAUGUUGUCAAUAAUGGCACGACCUGCACGCUCUACCCGGAGGGACUCGAUCAUAAUGGCGAAGCGGUGGACGACGCGCCGUCCAUCCAUCAGGCCUUUGAUCUCUGCGGCAUCAACGGCACCGUCAUAUUCUCCGACAACACAUUCAAUAUCAAUUCCGUGUUGAACACUACCAACCUACUUAACUGUGACGUCUCCCUACGCGGCGAGCUGCGCUUUUCCGACGACAUCCCGUACUGGCUCUCGCAUUCAUACAAUGUUGUUCUCCAGAACCAGUCCACGGCCUGGCUUUUCGGAGGAACUAACGUCACCCUGCGCGGCGAGGGCGGGUGGUACAAUGGCCAGGGUCAAGCCUGGUACACAGAGAACCAGAACAAUAGCAACCAGCCGGGGCGACCGAUCAGCAUCACAUUCUACAACUCCACUAAUCUCCUUGUCGACAAUCUGAGAAUCAUCCAGCCGCAGUUCUGGGCGACGUUUGUGUCCUACAGCAAAAAUGUCUCCAUCACCAACCUGUUCGUCAAUGCUACGAGUGAUAAUGAAUGGGGAACUGUCAACACAGACGGCUAUGACUCGUGGAACAGCGAUAAUCUCCUUGUCGAGAACGCGGUUAUUACCAACGGGGAUGACUGCAUCGCAGCAAAGGGCAAUACAACCAAUCUACUCGUCAGGAAUGUGACCUGCCACCGCUCCAAUGGCAUGACCAUCGGCUCAGUGGGACAAUACCCGACAAUGCCAGACUAUGUGAUCAAUGUCACGUUCGAGGACGUCAAAUGUCUGAACUGCGCCGAUGGCGCCUACAUCAAGACCUGGCAGGGUGAAGAUGAUUCUUCUAGCUCAAACGGCGACGCCGGUGGAGGCGGCCACGGGCUGAUCAAGAACAUCACGUUUAAGAAUUUCGAGAUGGUUAAUGUGGGACUGCCGAUGCAGAUCACGCAGUGCAUCUACACCGAAAACCAGAACCAGUGCAACACCUCUAAGAUGGCGAUUGAAGAUGUGACAUGGGAGAACAUCCACGGCACAUCCACGUACAAUAUUGCCGCCUCGCUCUAUUGUUCGGCUGUGCAUCCUUGUCCCAAUGUAUCGUUCAAGAACGUCGACUUGAAGACCGUCAAUAGCACACUGGGUCUGCCCAUGUGGAACACGACGAUCCAGCACGAGGUGUACCAGUGUGCGAACAUCAUUGGUGAGAAAGAUAGCGGUAUUCCGUGCAACCGAGUUGCUCCCGACAACUACGGUCAGGGCGUUAGUGGGAAUAUCCAAUGA